CAAAUAUCGCAAAUUUGUCCAAUAAAAUAGCUAAGCGAAUAUUGAAAAUGUUCAGAUCGCGUGCAACCCUUUUCAUCUGCUUCGUGCUUGCUUACACGCACGCUGUUGCUGCCGGUUAUCUGGAGCCACCGCAUCUUUUCAACUCACCACCAAACGCAGUAGCAUUCGCCGCUCCCGUACCGUGUGAUUCACCAACGCUCGACGGUUAUGGUGCAGCAGCGUUUGCCAAACCGUUGCUGUUUGCCGCUUAUCCACCCGCUAAUUAUGCGCCGUCAGUGCCACAAAUCAACUACGCUGCACCGCCUGCUUCAUUUGUUAAAUAUGCAGCACAGCCGCACAUCAAAGCCACCGCUGGUUUGCCUGUAACCACCACAUUUACGACAGCAGUUGGCUACACAGCACCGCAAGUAGCGUUUGCCUCACAAAAUAAUCCCGCUGCUUUUGUGGCACCUGCACCCAGUUAUGCUGCUCCGGUUUCAUAUGCUAAACCUCCUGCUUUCCUCGGACCAACGAGCUAUGCGGCCCCCACAUUGCUAGCAGCGCAACCAUUCCUGAGGAAAUUUCGUAUUCCUUUCUCCACUGGAGGAAACGUAUACGCCCAGGCUGCUGCGUGGUAG